CAAGGCUACAAAGUACUUGUCGUUGGCUUCUCUCCUUCGGCGGCGUCUACAAUCAAACACCGUUUCACUCCCCUUUUUGGCUUUGUCAUAAAGGAUCAUCCAUCCUUCGAUUCAGCCAAUCGACUUUCGGUCUUUUCGUUGCCAGCCGGAGACCGAGAAGUCCACCUCCGACACUAUUUGCCGGUACAUAACUCGUCGCACCCUGCCGCCAUUGUCACAGGUUUUUUCUUUCGAGCCACUCAUUCCUCAUCCCUUUGUUUUCGUCCUACCACCCUCGACCAAGAGUUUGUCCACAAUGUCGCAUUCAAAAGGAUCCAGUGAAAGUUUACCGUCAACAACGUCACCAAUCGAGAAGGGUCCUGUCGUUCCCAACGAACAAGCCGUGCCAAACACCGGAGCUGUCGUGCCCAACAACGAAAAGGACCUCGAAGCCGCCCCAAGACCACCACCACCAAGCUUCCUCGGCACCGUACCAAAUGGAGGUCUCCAAGCAUGGCUUCAGGUCGCUGCUGGCUUCGCACUCUUCUUCAACACCUGGGGCAUCCUUAACACUUUCGGAGUCUUUCAAACAUAUUACGAGUCCGGAGUGUUGAUCCAUGCCUCGUCAUCCAACAUCUCAUGGAUCGGUGCAAUCCAGUCAUACUGCGUGCUGCUCAUGGGCUUCUUGUCUGGUCCCAUCUUUGACAGAGGCUUCCUCCGACCACUGCUAUGUGUGGGAUCCUUCCUUGUCGUAUUUGGGUUCAUGAUGCUCAGCCUUUGUGAUACCUUCUGGCAAGUUCUUCUGGCUCAAGGUUUUUGCAUCGGUGUUGGCUCCGGACUCUUGUUCGUCCCCGCUGUCGCCAUUCUUCCGACAUACUUUACAACCAAGCUUGGUCUUGCCAUAGGUCUUGCAGCUUCUGGCAGUUCAAUGGGAGGCAUCAUCUAUCCCAUCGUCUUCUACAGACUACUUGACCGCAUUGGAUUCGGCUGGUCUGUUCGUGUCCUUGGUUUCCUGGCCCUUACGACCUUGCUCAUUCCAAUUCUUGUCAUGAAGCAGCGCGUCAAGCCGCCAAAGGCCCGCGCUCUCAUUGACACAACUGUCUUCAAGGACAUUCCCUUCAUGCUGUUCACUGUCGGAUGCAUGAUUGGUUUCAUCGGUCUCUACACCGUUCUAUUCUUCCUCUCCUUCUUUGGCGAGUCGAAUGGCUACACCGACGCUAGCAUGUCUUUCUACAUCGUGCCAAUCCUCAAUGCGGCCUCGGUCUUCGGUCGUACACUUCCCAACGCCUUGUCCGACAAGACUGGUUCCUUCAACAUCAUCCUACCAGGAGCCGCCGUUUGCUCUAUCCUCAUCUUCUGCAUGAUCGCCGUCAAUGGCCUCGGAAGUAUCGUCGUGCUUGCCAUCCUCUUUGGCUUCUUCUCUGGUGUCUUCAUCGCUUUGCCUCCGGUUUGUCUUGUUGCUUUGACAGCAGACAAGUCGAAGAUUGGUAGCAGAAUAGGCAUGGCUUUCGGUUUUAUCGGCUUUGGAUGUCUCGCAGGAGGACCUGGUGGCGGUGAUGUUCUCCAGAACUAUGGCGACGGCUCAAACUGGACCGGACUUUGGAUAUAUGGUGGUGUAUCUUGUGCCAUUGCUGCUGUGAUCUUUGCAGUAGUCAGGACAAUGAAGGCGGGAGGUAAGCUCAUGGUUAAGGUGUAAAAUCAGGCACAGAAGGAAUUCCUAGAUCAGAUGGUAAACGUAAUUGUAAUAUCAACACUCUCAAGUGUGUUUCCCAC